CAAGAUGAAAAACUACUUAGUGAUACAGACGAAUUACCAACAGAAACAGACGUCCUCAACCUAGCCAUACAACAAAAUUUAUUAAAACGAGAAGUAUAUACAAUAACUCAAGAAAUAACCCCAAAAAUAGGACUUUUUACCUCAAGUCAAGGAGCCCAAUUUCACCAAUUACUUCUUGAAUUUGCUGACCUCUUUGCAAAAGAUGUUACUCAAUUCGGAAGAACCAAUCUAGUCACACAUCGAAUAUAUACAGAAGAUGUACCUCCUAUUAGCUCUCAACCCUACAUGGUACCUCUAGCUAAACAAAAAUUUAUUAAUGAAGAAGUGCAACAAAU